AUGACUGGUCAAUGGGUCUAUUUCCGGGUGGAGCUCGACUUUGACCUUGCGAGUGUGCGGCCUUCAGAAAGAAGAUCGUCGUCUGACCACCCCCGGGAAGUCAAUGCCCCUGCGGUGUAUGGUUGCACGUUUGCAGAGAAAAAGAGGACCGGUGGAUGGGAUGCACAAGGCGCCCAGGCAGACUGUGAGAGAAACAAGGAAGGCCACCUAACUAAAACUGCUCUACUCGGAGAAAUGGUAGCAUCAUCAUCAUCACCAUCAGACGAUGGUCAGCAUUUUUGUGCAACCAAGGGACUGUCCGAUACCGUGCAGAACCAUAAAUCACAAUUGGGGUCGAACUGCAAUCAUUGGAUGUUCUCCAGCUACACCGGCGGCCGUCAUCCCCCGGUCGCCUCCACCAUCCAAGCUCCCGACAACCAAUCGAAGGCGCGUGCAACACAUACUGAGCAGGACACUAAAUUAUAA